AUGGACUUAUGUGUGAGUAAAUUUCAAGUAAACAACGACAGAAAAACGUAUUUUCUCAUAGAAGCUACAGUAGGCUCUCGAAAGACAGAGACAUGGUACCGCUACUCGGAUAUUCGUCCCCUGGCCGAACCACUCAAGGCGACAGCUGAGAAAUGCGGAUACUUGAGACUUCCGCAUUUCCCCUCGCGAUUUACCGAGAAUAGAAGCGAAGCUGGAUUGGAACAGAGAAGAUUGAUGCUGGACAGAUACUUUUCAGCCGUUGGAAGCUGGCCUCAAUAUCCUCGCUACCUGCUCAAAUUCGUCAAAGCCGUCGUGCCCGAAGAAAACAUCCUCGACUUCCAAAACACCGAAGACCAAGCCAUCAACUCAAAAAUCCCGAUUUUCCCCGCUCCCAUCCCAAAAGGCUCAAUUUUCUACAACGGAAACUCGAAAUUCGACGACUACGACGAUUCCAUUUCCGACAUUGUGGUCGGCGCCCUCUUCGACUGA